AUGGGAAACCUGGUGGGCAGCUGGCGUUUCAAGGAGCCGAGCACGAUUGAGGAAUGUGACUCGACGUGGGGAUCGGAGUCGGAGAGCGAGGAGCCGGCGGCUGAAGAUGAUAGCGGCAUCUCCGACUCCGUCAGCCCGGCGAAGAGCGAGAGGGCCGCGGGACACGCGGGAGACGCCACACCGCAGCUGACUGACUCCCCAGAGUCUGUUCCAAAGAUGAAGAGGAGUUUCUAUGCUGCCAGGGACCUCUACAAAUACCGGCACAGCUACCCGAACUUCAAAAGGUCCCGGCAACCCAAUGAGUACCGCAACCUGCGCUUCUACCUGAACAAGAUCCCUCUAGUGCCCGAUGGUAUCUACAUAGAGGAGAUUCUCUCUAAGUGGAGAGGCGACUAUGACAAACUGGAGCACAAUCACACCUACAUUCAGUGGCUGUUCCCAUUAAGAGAACAAGGGCUCAACUUCUACGCACAUGAACUGACUCAGGACGAGAUCAAAGAAUUCCAAAGCACUCGGGAAGCGAAGCGGAGAUUCCUGGCGGCCUAUUCCCUCAUGUUGGACUUCUAUGGCGUCAAACUGCUGGAUAAGAGUGGCAAUGUUGCUCGGGCCCCCAACUGGCAGGAGCGCUUCCAGCACCUUAAUGAAUCCCACCACAACUACCUGCGGAUUACUCGCAUCCUGAAGUCCUUGGGUGAGCUUGGUUAUGAGGCCUUUAAGGCCCCACUGGUUCGCUUCUUCCUAGAGGAGUCGCUGUGCCACGGCACCCUGCACAACAUGCAGCACAGCAUCCUGGAGUACUACGUCUACACCAUCCGCCUGCCGGCCACCCGCCGACGCCUGCUCCGCUAUGCCCGCCAACACUACAGACCGGCCCACGCUUUCCUCUGGGGACCGCCACCUAAAAAGCGAGGUGGUGGCGCUGGAGGUAGUGUGGGUGCUGGAAGUAGUGGGAUUAGGGCGCCUGCUCCAACACCAGAGCAACAGAGGAGGGGGAAGGAGAACACCACCUCCACAUCUGCGAGUAGUGGAAAUAUUGUGUCUUCUCACAAUGCCAUGAUGUGCCAUGAGCCGGCUGAAGGAGGACUCAAGGGCUGCACGGGACUCGGUUCCAACAUGGAGGGAAUGCUGAUGAUGGUGGGAGCUAGAGGAGAGAGGAAUGAAUACAAUGAGAUGGUUCCUUUGUAGUUUUUCCUGUAGUUUUGUAGUUUUGAAAAUGGAAAACAAAACAAAAUUAGCCACUUAAAUUGUAAAUAGAUAAACCUGCUUGUGGAAGGAAACCAGGGCAACAACACACAGAUGUUUGAGCUGUUAGAAACACAUCAUUAGAAUCAGUUUAGGUUAAGGGCUUAAUAUAAACUCAAAUAACUCAAACAGUGCUUUACUGCAAGUUAAUGAUCUUAACUAUAUUUGGGAUUAUAAUCAGAAGCUGGAGUGUUGUUUUUUUGUGGUGGUGGGGGUCAUUUCAUAAACUAAGCUAGCUCAAUCCCAAACUUAUCUAAACUAGGAGAGAACGUUAUGACAGAAGCCUUAUUUAAUGUUUUGGUCUGGAAUACUGAAGAUUAUUUGACAUGCUGGUGUUCAGCUGGUGAUGGUUAGAUUACUCAAAUGCUGUAGCUGGAGCUCCCCCAAACAACAUGUUGGGCUGAGCUCCCUGUGUACAGGUUCUGUACAGCAAAUAUUAUAAUGUGAAAAGGAAGAACAGGAAGAAUUUUUUCUUAUUUCCAUAUCAUGUGAACGUACAUAAGGGAAGACUAAUUUGUCAGCAAUACUUUGAAUUUUUUUUUUUACUUGACUGACUUGAAAUUUUCACUUUGUCAUUACUAGCGGCGCAGCUCCGUUAUGUAUCCGCUCUGCGAUUUUACGCUUUCUGCAAGUUAAAGGUAGCCACUUCCUCCGGAAAUUGUACAGAACUUUAAAGCAAAAAACAAAAGUUGUUGGUAACUUGAUAUCUUUAAGAAAUGCUUAAGAAAAGAAAGGCUUUUGGUGAUAUCACUACCUGUAAACUCCAAGUGACAGCACAGCAGUCCAUCGGAAAACUUGAUAAUUCAUUUUUUUGGGAAAGGCAAAGUUAUGUAGCUAUAAAAAGUCCCUAGGCUGUUUAAAGCCAAUUAUUGAGUGUCAGUGACUUCACAGAUUUAAAUAAUAUUGACUCAGUUGUUGGAACAUCAAAAUUGAUCCAAGUUACUGAUCUACAUUAUUUGGGGUGUGAUCGGUCCUACCAGCUAACUGUAACUAGCCAGGGUGAGUCACAAAACCUUUUUUUGAAACUUAAUGUGAAAGUACGACUCAGGUGUCAACUCAGUUUUGAGCAAAUAUCUAUGUUUUUUUUUUUGUUUGUUUGUUUUGUAGGCAAGUAUUCAGAAAAACGAUUAUUAAACCUUCAACUAAUUUAGACUUAGAGUAGAAAUGCUAGCACCACCGUUACAAAUGUUGCAAGUGAAGCUAAAUUAGCAAGAUAGUGUUUGUGUUGGUAUUAGGAAACCAGUAAAUUAUGAAU